GCGUAGUUUAUGGGGUGUGGGAAUCGGCUUUAGCCGUCGUUCCUGCAAUGCACGAACCACUGAAGGGAAAAUAAAGGGCCUUUCAAUAAAGACCUGAUCGCAAGGAGUUUAAGAUAUGAUAAAGGAGAAGACGGAGAAGUCACCAAGGGGGAAAGUGAUAUAAAAGUGCACCCGAAAUGUUAAAGGCGUUCACCUGGGAGAUUAUUUGAGCUAACCCUGGUUACAGCAGAGUACACGCUGCUGUGAGCACAGUGACGUCUGGCCAUCAUGUCUACAGACGGGGAGUGGACAAGCAGGAUUCGACUUCAUGGCGGCAAAGAAUAUUUUUAAAAUGACCACACCAAAUAAGACACCUCCCGGUGCUGACCCUAAGCAGUUGGAAAGGACUGGAACAGUACGGGAAAUUGGGUCACAAGCUGUUUGGUCACUCUCAUCUUGCAAACCAGGAUUUGGAGUGGAUCAAUUACGAGAUGACAAUCUAGAAACUUAUUGGCAGUCAGAUGGCUCCCAGCCUCAUUUAGUGAACAUCCAAUUCAGAAGAAAAACAACAGUGAAGACAUUAUGUAUUUAUGCGGACUACAAAUCUGAUGAAAGCUAUACUCCAAGCAAGAUCUCAGUCAGAGUAGGAAAUAAUUUUCACAAUCUUCAAGAGAUUCGGCAACUUGAAUUGGUGGAACCAAGUGGCUGGAUUCACGUUCCUUUAACUGAUAAUCAUAAGAAGCCAACUCGCACAUUCAUGAUACAGAUUGCUGUUCUAGCCAAUCAUCAGAAUGGAAGAGAUACCCACAUGAGACAAAUUAAAAUAUACACACCCGUGGAAGAGAGCUCCAUUGCAGAAUCUCAGCUCUUUUUUCUAUGAGUUCCACAAAGAGUUUGUCAUUUUCAUUCUGUUGUCUUUAAAGUAAGAAGCAUGGUAAGUGACUGUAUCAUCACCAAAAAGUCUGUAACCAAAACUCAUUUGAGAUCAGUGAAUUACUCCCAAGCAUAGAUGUCAGAUGCUGGGAAGGGUAGAAGAAAAACAGAUGGAUAGGAAUUAAAAGAAAAGGAGAGAAUCAAGAAAAUAAGAGCAAUAUAUACUUGGCACUGUAUUGAUGUUCUGCGUUAGUCUGAUAAGGAAAACAUUCAUGUAAACAACAGGCAGAGUCUAAGAGGCAGAGAAAUCUAAUAAAAAGUACAGGAAGUUUUAUUAGUAAUAAUGUUACUACUUGCUAACUGCUUUUUAAAAAUUUGCUUAAAACAAAAGAGGAGGAGGACUAAUUAUCAUUUACCUGAUCCAGUCUGUUACUUCCUACUAUUAAUAGUUUGUGAAAAAAACUCCUACAAUUAGGAAGAAUUAAGAAGAAUGUUGGGGAAAUCACUAUGUUUUCUAGUUCUACUCCCUUUCCCUGUUUUUCAUAAACCAGCUGAGCACCUCAUUAGGCAUGGGAAAACUUGGUAGCCCUGGAUUGUGGAGGUAAUGCUUCCCCUUAUUUUAAGGAUUAUCUGAAGUCCUGAUAGACCAUGUAUUACAUUAACAAUGCAUAAUUAUCUGAAGCAGUUUCAUUUCUCUUUUGAAAGAGCAAAUUAUAUAGCCAACAAAAUAUUUGUAUCUAGAAUAUAUAAAGAACUCUUC